UUUAACUACUUUACUGAAAAAGGUAUUGAAUAUGGCGUCAUAGUGGUCAAACAGUUUUAAAUUUAGAUAUUGCUCGGUCCAAAUUCAUCGACUUUAUUUUCGAAAUUACCAUCGAUGCUACCGAUGAUACAGAAACGUGAAUUGGAUUUGUGAAAUUUGUGGUUAGGGUGGUUGUCACAUUUGACAUGUUGCGUAGUUUUAUUUAAAAUAUCAGUUUAUUUUUGCUUUUAAAGGGAUCAUCAUGGUGCCCCAGUACUCAGGCAAUGGACGGAAUGGUAGAAGAGAACGGUGCAGUUGAUCCGUUGUCUACUUCUCCGGACCCCCAGGGACCGAUAGCAUCUUCGGUAGGGGUUACUAACUCGCAGGGCCAUCUGGUGACGGCUACUAACAUUGUUCAGCUCACAUUGCCGCAAACUCAGGCGCAGGUGCAAAGUGUGAUUCAACCAAACACACAAUCGGUGAUACAGACAGCGGCGAAUUUGCAGCCUAUGCUAGGAAAAGGCAACGUAAUUUUAGUCAGCAAACCGAAUUCUGUCAUACAAACCACACAUGGAAAUCUACAAACAUUAAGGAGGCAAGAAUGUGACGACAGCUUUUCCGACGACGAGACGUCGCCGAAAAAACGCCGCGACCUGUUGACCAGGCGGCCAUCGUACAGGAAAAUUCUCAACGAUCUUGGCGGGGGUGAGAUAGCUGAAACCAAGGUCGAGCAGACUUCCUCCGAGGGCGAUAGCGAGCUCAGCUCGCACUCUAUCCCAUACCACACAGUGUUACCGGCAACAGCCAUACAAAUAUCGAGCGGCGAAGGAGGCCAGGGGAUUCACACGUUGACGAUGACAAAUUCGACGGCGGGCGGGGCAAUCGUGCAAUACGCUCAGGGACAAGAGUUCUUCGUACCCGUUGUGGCUCAAAGUGGAAGUUUGAGCGGCUCGGCCGGCGAAGAUCAGGCGCGCAAACGCGAAAUGAGGUUGCUCAAGAACAGAGAGGCGGCGCGCGAGUGCCGGCGGAAGAAGAAAGAGUACAUCAAGUGUCUCGAGAACCGGGUGGCGGUCCUCGAGAAUCAGAACAAAACGCUCAUCGACGAGCUCAAAUCGCUCAAGGAGCUCUACUGUCAGCAAAAAGCCGAAUGAGAACCGAAACUUAGUAAGACUUUAUUCGAAUUCUUACAGUGGGUGUGGUUGACUUGUUAAAAUUAAACGAAAAGGUUUUAAAUGCGUGAAAGUCGCUCGGGAUAUUCGGUUAGCGAGUACCUAUAGUAGCAACGAGAUGCGGGUUCAUUUGGACAGUGGACCAUGUGCAUUUAUUUACACGCGGUUUUUUCGGUAUGCAUCAAAUGGUUUUUUUUUUCAAUCAAGACACGUGUAUUUCGGUAUAUC